AUGGACAACCACCGUUCCCACCAGCGCCUUACAGAAGAUAAUCUUAUCAAACUAAAGGAGCAAAUCCCAUUACUUCCUCGAGAAAGAUUGAACAAAGCGAAACGUCGGGUGCAUCAUCUUAUCAGGUGGCUAGAAAAUCAAUCCAGAAAUGUAGGCAUUUUGUUUGCCGUACGUGCACAAAUCAACAAUGACGACUACGGCUGCCGCGACCACCAUUACCGAGAUCUCGUUUAUAAGGGAAAUGGCAAACCUGACCUCGAUGACCCUAAGUUCUGGGAGGACCAACUUCGUUCUCUCCAGAAAUACAAGCCUGUCGUCAGGAUAAAAGAAGCUAAGGGACGCGUCCGUGACGCACUGACUGGCAUUACAAAAUUGGGGGGCGAAGGCUUGCAAGUUUUAGAAAAUGAGGAGAUUUAUCUCGGUGAGGGUCAAGCCCUCCUUUAUCGACUCAAAAAUGGAGGUCCAACUCUCAACCUCAAAAGCCCAUCGUUUUGGGAAGCCAAAGCCAAACAUCUAACAUGGCUCUGGAGCACUCUUGAGCGGGAAAAGCAUCAACCAUCAAAACUUCCGUCACCGGAGCCACUUUAUCAACCACCGCCCUCCACUGUUUCCUCAGGGCCGCUUUCUGAGAUGUUGUCUUGGCCGGCCCCGGGACCUUCCCUACCCCGGGAUCUCCCCAGGAGCCGGCCAUGGCGCGAGCCAAGCAGUGAAACCAGCUCCAACUUCUCCAGCGAGACACCUCCGCCCCACCGUGCCCCGUAUCACAAAUUUGUCUGGAAAAGCAGGACAGACGCUUUCCAGGCGUGGAUCGAGACAUCCCCAGAAAGUGGUAUGCCGUCGCCGUCGCCGUCACCGCCGCCGUCGAACCAUCUAUUGUUCUAUGGAGAAGAUUUCCCCCUGGGUAGCAUGAUCAUGAUCUGGCAAAAUCCAGAUUUGCAGAAGUUGGUGGACGCUGAAAAGCGCAACCGGGCUAAAUGGUCUGUAUACCAUCUGCUAUCAGGCCUGCAGAACCAUUGUGGCGAACCAGGUUGCAACGUCGUUGAGGAGGUAGAUGACAUCUACAUCGACGAACGAGGUGCCCACAGACGUGGCAAUAGAGUAACACCAGUUCCUACGGACGACAUUAUGGAAACUAUCCAUCCUCCUGACGAGAUGGGAUUUUCGCGUGUCCAAUAUGACGCAAUGACCCCUGAACAGCGGCAGGAAAUUUACAGGAAGAAGGCAAAGAUGCCCAGAGAUCAAUGGCUUUUAGCCAGGAAGGAGGCAAGAGAGAAGGAGAUAGAAAUGUACAAAGAGGAUCAAAGAAGGAGAGAGAAGGAGCAAACGAUGAUUAUUGAUGAUCUUACGUAUUGGGAGGAGAAGGAAGCCUAUCUCGCUGAAAAAUACGCAAGCUUGAUUGGUGCGGAGCGAAAACCCGGAGACGAUGAACUGCCAGACGCUACGCCGUCAAGAGUUUCAAAUAGGAAACGCCGUCACCCAGAUGGUGACGCAGAUCAAGUAAAUUCGCGUGCUGCUACGCGUCGCAAGUUACAACAGCCAAACUCGACCAUCACUCCAGCUUUAACACGACCAACAGCAAGGGCCUCGAAACUACGCGAGAGAAGAACAACCACAAUCGCCGCUUCAGUAAUGGGCAGUUUCUAUGACGAAGGUGUGAGGAGAAGUGCCCGGAUUGCGAGGCCGCCAAGGAACCAUACUUUGCAUGAUAGGUCGUCAUCCAGGACUAGAGGUACUAGAAAAUGA